UUUUCCUCCUCCCCAUUUCUGUUGUCUGUGAGGAGUGUGUGUCUGCGUGUGCUCCUCCCGCUCAAAUGAAUCAUGACAGCAGAAGAGACUCUUUCUGUCUCUCGGUUUUAUUCCAGCCUGGACUCUUACGAAUAUCAUGUUAUAGUUGAAAAAGCUUCCGAAAGCCCUGUGGAUUUGCCUUGUGUGUACUGGAGCAGAGAGAGUAUCUGAAAUGUCUCUCUUUUAAAGGAAUGGAUUCUGCAGUUCUGAAGAUGGUACAUGGGCCUUGCCAGUUUUCAUUAAUUGACUUUUGAUUGCACACUGUAAUGGACUUGUCCUUUUAGGAAAGAAGGAGAAUGACCAAUCAACCUGCUCCUGGUUUUCUCUGAUAUGGAUUCGGCAAAGGGUAAAAAUUUCCAAUUGCUUAAUGCAAGCUUGACUCUGGAAUUUGUUAGUCUGGCAGAGGAUUAUGACUACUUAAAUGGAUUUUAAUUCUUAUUAAAAACUGCUCUGAAGAAAACUUAAAAUAUUUUGUUUGAGAAGAAUCUAAUUUUUUUUUUUUUUUUUGGGAAAAUGGCACCACAAAAAUAGAAACGACACAUGUGCUUACCCAGACCUACAGGCAGCCUCUUGUGAUUGAAGCUGCCAGUUGCUGGAACGUUACAGCCAAGCCCCCUGCCCCCUCUUCAGCAGAGGAAGUUCUGUUCCUCCCGAUCAUCUACAUGUGUUGAUGGACAAUAGCAAGCAUGUUGUGCGGGCUAAGAAAGGAGUUCCACUCGGACUUUGAUGAUGGACCGUAUUCAAAAGGGAGUAAGGACUGUGGAGGAACGGAAAAUUCUUUGGCUACAAGACGACAGAGUAUUCCAGAAGAAUUUAGGGGUGUCACGAUAGUGGAGCUAAUAAAGAAGGAAGGCAGCACCCUGGGGUUGACCAUUUCUGGAGGUACAGAUAAAGAUGGCAAGCCACGAGUGUCCAACCUGCGAUCUGGUGGUCUGGCGGCAAGGAGUGAUCAACUAAAUGUAGGAGACUACAUUAAAUCUGUGAAUGGCAUCAAUUUGACCAAGCUGAGACAUGAUGAGAUUAUUAGCCUCCUGAAGAAUGUGGGCGAGCGUGUGGUCCUGGAAGUAGAAUAUGAACUUCCUCCUGCUGCUCCUGACAGCAGCUCGGGUGUCAUCUCGAAGACCAUUGAAAUCUGUCUUUGCAAGGAAGGCAGCAGCUUUGGCUUUGUGAUGAGAGGAGGAGCACAUGAAGACUGGCACAAGUCCAGACCAGUGGUUGUCACUUAUGUGAGACCUGGUGGCCCCGCAGACAGAGAAGGUACCCUGAAAACUGGUGACCGUCUCCUGAGUGUUGAUGGCGUCCCUUUGCACAACGUGUCUCAUGCUGAUGCCCUCAAUUUGCUGCAGCAAAGUGGCCAGGAAGCCCUGUUCCAGAUAGAGUAUGAUGUUACUAUCGUAGAUUCCAUAACCAAUGCAUCAGGACCUCUGCUGGUGGAGAUCGCAAAGCCUCCAGGGUCAAGUCUUGGCAUUGCUUUGGCUACAACACUUCACCGGAACAAGCAGGUGAUCGUCAUCGACAAAGUCAAGCCUGCCAGUGUUGUUGACAGAUGCGGUGCGCUACACGCUGGAGAUCACAUCUUGUCUAUAGAUGGAACGAGUACAGAGCACUGCUCUCUGCUGGAAGCCACCCAACUCUUAGCCAGCACUUCAGAAAAAGUGAAGCUAGAGAUCCUGCCAGCACAUCACAGCCGACUGCCCCUGAAGCCCCAGGAGACUGUGAAAAUUCAGAAGAGCGAUCACCAUCAUUGCUGGGACCCCUGUGUCAAUUAUUGCCAUUCUCAACACCCCGGACAUUGCAAGACUGCAAACUGGAGUGCGCCCAACCCUCUGGCCAGUCAGGAAUACUGCAAAUCUUUGGUGUCCACUAAUUUUUCUCCUGGCUCAGUGAAUACUCCUGGUUAUUCCUGUCAAAACUCCACUAGCACUCUUCCCCGUAAUUCACACCCCAUGAGUCCACGCAACACAAUGAUGAAAAGAAGGCAAAGGAAAAAGGAACACAAGAGCUCACUAUCUUUGGCCUCAAGCACUGUGGGUCCAGGAGGACAGAUCGUUCACACAGAGACCAGUGAGGUGGUUCUCAGAGGCGACCCAUUAAAUGGUUUUGGAAUUCAACUUCAGGGUGGGAUUUUUGCCACAGAGACCCUCUCAAGUCCCCCACUUAUCCGCUUUAUUGAACCAGACAGCCCCGCCGAAAGGUGUGGGUUGUUGCAAGUAGGAGACCGACUCCUGUCAAUCAACAACAUCCCUACGGAAGAUGGAACACUAGAAGAAGCCAAUCAACUGUUGAGAGAUGCUGCUCUGUCAAACAAAGUCACCUUGGAAAUUGAGUUUGAUGUAGCAGAAUCUGUAGUGCCCAGUAGCGGUACUUUCCAUGUCAAAUUGCCUAAGAAGAGAGGAGUAGAGCUGGGAAUUACAAUCAGCGCAAGUCGAAAACCUGGGGAGCCUCUGAUCAUUUCCGACAUUAAGAAAGGCAGUAUGGCACAUAGAACUGGAACACUUCAGCCAGGUGACAAAUUGCUGGCUAUUGAUAACAUUCGUUUGGAGAACUGCUCCAUGGAGGAUGCAGUGCAGAUCCUUCAGCAAAGUGAAGACCUGGUAAAGCUCAAGAUUAGGAAAGAUGAAGAUAAUUCUGAUGAACAGGAAAUGACUGGCUCUAUUAUUUACACCGUGGAACUGAAGAGAUAUGGUGGUCCUUUGGGAAUAACGAUUUCUGGAACAGAGGAACCUUUCGACCCCAUUGUUAUAUCUGGGCUUACUAAAAGGGGACUGGCUGAGAGGACUGGUGCCAUUCAUGUAGGAGACCGAAUCCUAGCCAUAAAUAAUGUGAGCCUGAAAGGGAAGCCACUGAGUGAAGCUAUCCACCUGCUGCAGAUGGCGGGAGAGACCGUCACCCUGAAGAUCAAGAAACAAGUGGACCGACCAUUCUCUAAAAAGAAGAUGCCAACCGUAAAUGAUGUGAGUGAUCCUGAAGAUGAACUGACUGACUCUCAGAAGACCAGUAAACUGUCGGAGAUUUACUCCACAACCAUUCCCAGUGUUGAUAGUGCUAUGGAGUCCUGGGAUGGAUCUGGAAUUGAUGGUGGCUUUGGAAGUCAAGGCACCUACAUUCACCAUGGGGCUGGAAUCUCCCUCCAUCCCAAUGAAUGGAGAAGCGCCAAGCAGCGUAACAGCACGCCGCCUACAAGUCGACGGAAGAACUACCCCUUCACUGAUGGAGGGUUCAGCGAAGACGACUGGGACAAGCCUAGUGGAUAUCUCAGCCACCAUCACCACGGGCUCAACCUGGAUCAUGAGGACAGUUUUUGGUGCCAGGCUUUGGAGGAUUUAGAAACGUGUGGCCAGUCAGAGCUCCUACGGGAAAUUGAGGCAUCAAUCAUGACUGGUAGCACCAUUAGCUUAGGUGUUGAUGGGAACAAAACACACGUCAGUUCUGUUGGCCAGCCAGGAAUGAGCCCCCUGAGGAAAGGAACAUCCAUCCUCCAUGAGGACGGAAAGACCAAGACACUGGGUCGAGGAGUUGACAAGAGCUGGGAGGUACGGAGGAUCAAAGAGGAGAUCCAGGAGAUCAUGUCUCCAACGCCUCUGGAGCUGCAUAAGGUUACAAUUGUGAAGGAUAGUGAAGGGGAUGACUUUGGGUUCAGUGUGUCUGAUGGGUUCCUAGAAAAAGGUGUGUAUGUGAACAUGAUCAGACCAGAUGGGCCAGCAGAUCGUGGUGGACUCAAACCUUUCGAUAGAAUUCUACAGGUUAACCACGUCCGCACCCGUGACUUUGACUGCUGCCUAGCUGUCCCGCUGAUCACCGAAGCGGGUGACAAACUGGAGCUGGUGAUCAGCCGCAAUCCACUAGCACAGCCUACUCAAGAGGAUGACUGUGAGGCCCUUCAAAGCAAACUGACGAUGAAUCGGGAAAGCAAAACAAGCACAAUGGAUUUAUAAAGGGGCCAUGGACAGUAAUGCAUUUAAUGUUUCUGCCAAGUAACUCUUUAUCCUGUCAUAGUUUUGCUUCGACAUCCUACUGUUUUUGUUUAGGGUGACUGUUGUUUUCUUAGGCUUCAUUUGGGCACAAAAAAAUCAGCUUUCUCAAUGUGAAAUGAAAACUGCACAAAGGGCUUUUAAAAAAAAAAAGUGACAAAAGGGCACUGGGUACCUGAGGAAAUACUGACACCUGUAAGCAACUUUUUAUUGUUUUCCUUAAAGAACGAAAGAAAUCCAAAUAGAUAACUUUUAAAGUGUUAAAGAAGUGAGACAUGUACUCUAUGAGUAUGAAGUACUAAAGCAUCACUGAAAAUUAGUACUUUGAAAGGGGGGCAUUUUUAUUAAUCCCGAAUUUGACGGCUGUUUAUUAAUCAGGUGGCCAUAAGCAGGAAGCAGCACCAUAAUAAGAGUACGUACAUUGCUUCUGCGCAUUGCUGGUUAAAUUCACCCAUGUCUGGUUCUUGUGAGCAUUUAAAAGAGCAGAAUACUGUAGUGUGCAAUUUAUUUUCUAAUUUCCACACAUGUUCUAGUCCGAGGAAACAAUAAUGAAAUUGAAUGGAACAGUCAGAAGCAAUUUCAUGUGGAAGGUGCCACCCUGGGCUCAAGUUAGCAUUCACCUGCUAUACUGUUGCCUUGUGUCCAAAUGUUGCUAGUUCAACAAGCACAAAAGUGGUUUGUGGUCAAUUUUUAUUUAUUUUUUAACUUCAGUCUUUCAUAUGUGUUUAUGUCAUGCGUACUUAUGUUGUGAAUUUA